UUGUGCUCUGUUAGUUAUCUUAUCUUCUCAGAAACCGAAACCAUCACCAGCCUGUUAACGCGAUUCAGAAGAGAAACCCAUCAAGGAGCCAGCAUCCUGGCCUGAUUCGCAAGUGGCGGAACAAACCAACCGAUCGCACCACACAGAGCUCUGAAGAGCUUGGUUUUUUUACCUCCACCCCCAGUAGAAUAUGGCCGACUCCUUCGGCGACUACCCUCCCAAUCUAACCGUCAAGGACGCCCUCAUCGUCCGCGAAACAGAAGGUCCCUCACACGCCGUCACUCCGUACACGGGCACCGACCUCGCGCGCCCGCGGCUCGGCCCCGCAAACCCAUUCCGCGACGAUGGGCCAUCGGCCUCGAGAAAGCGCAAGAAUGUCCUCACGGGCCACGCCGAGGAGACCUUCAUCUCGGAGCACACCUUCCGGGCCAAACACCGGGCCGUGGAGGGGGACCAGCGGCACGGCACGCUGACGAACCGCGAGCAAAAGGAGGUGAACAAGCGGUUGCGGCGGGAGCGGGAGGACAAGGGGGACGCGACGAUCGCGGACGGCGACGGGGCGUACGUCGGACCGUGGGCGCGGUACAAGCGGGAGCGGUACGAGGAGGUCGAGGUGGGCGAGGGCGAGGAGGUGGAGCUGGCCAGCGGGGAGGAGUACGAGAUCGUGGAGGAGGGCGAGGAAGAGGAGGAUGAUGUGGUGCCGAGCGGGACGGUGGUGCAGGCGCCCGCGCCGUCGCUGGCGAGGCGCAAGGAGGCGGAGGAGAUGGGCGUCGAGACGACGACAUUCCACGGCUCGAGCGAGUACGACUACCUGGGGAGGACGUACAUGCACGUGCCGCAGGACCUGGACUUCUCGCUCACGAAGGAGGUCGGGAGCAUCACCAACUACAUCCCGAAGAAGAUGGUGUACUCGUGGAAACACCACGGGAAACCCAUCACUGCGCUGCAGCUCUUCCCGAGGUCGAGCCAUUUGGGGUUGUCGGGCGCAGCGGAUGGGUCGGUACACAUCUGGGACGUCUACCGGGACAGGGAGCUGCUGCGCUCCUUCUCGGGGCACAACAAGGCCAUCUCGGACCUGUCGUUCAACAACGACGGGACCAAGUUCCUGUCUGGCGGGUUCGACAGGAAGAUCCGGCUGUGGGACACGGAGACGGGGCAGUGCGUCAACCGCUUCAACUGCGGCAAGACGCCGCACGUCAUCAAGUUCAACCCCUCGGCGGAGAACGGGCACGAGUUCCUGGCCGGUCUGUCCGACAACAGGAUCCUGCAGUACGACAGCCGGGCGGGCAACGAGACGGUCCAGGAGUACGAUCACCACCUGGGCGCCAUCAACACCAUCGAGUUCAUCGACGAGAGCCGCCGGUUCAUGUCCACUUCGGACGACCGCUCCCUCAGGGUGUGGGAAUAUGGCAUCCCCGUCGAGAUCAAAACCAUCAGCGAACCCGACAUGUUUGCUCUCACAAAGUCCGCGCAGCAUCCCAGCGGCAAGUACGUGCUCUAUCAAUGCAGCGACAACUCCAUCGUUGCCUACUCGUCCGGUCCCGAAAAGUUCCGGCAACAUCGCAGGAAGGCAUGGCGCGGGCACAACACCGCCGGCAGUGCCAUCGGACUCACUUGCAGCCCGGACGGGCAAUUUGUCGCCUCGGGCGAUACAGGGGGCAGCGUGUGCUUCUGGGACUUCAAGACGUGCAGGAUGUACAGCAAGCUCACCGCCGACAGCGCGGGCGGGGCGAUCAACUGCGUCGCAUGGUCGGAGCAGGAGACAAGCAAGGUGUUUACGGCGGGAACCAAGGGCGAGAUCAGGCUUUGGGACUAGACGGGCGGCGGGAGAAGACGCACUGCGACUCUUUGUCGUACGUCCGCUGUGGUGGAAGUCUGGUCAAUUGAUGUUACUUCCUUGCGGCAUGGUUCGCCCAGGGAGUAUAGAGAGAGAGAGAGAGAGAGAGGGAGGGACGGAGGGACGGAGGGGCGGACAAGACAAGCCAUUGUUUUCAGAGACACACUCGAGGCACACUGCCACCAAAAAGAAAAAG